UGGUUCGUUGCAGCAAGCAGCAUGCAGACACUGCGCAAUCAUGUCGUUUUUCCAAGCAUCUUUUGUUAUUUGCGACCCUCUGAGAUACGAAACAAGGGGCACUUUUAGCAAAACGCCAGUGAAGUCAGUGCCUUUUCUACUGUAAAUGCAACCUACAGAUUUAAUGUGAUUAUUAUACAAGGAAAUACUCCUAAUUGGUCAAUUUUAAGUUUAUUUCUUUAAUUAUUUUUUUUUAUGUAGUGGAUGUUGCACAUUCACCACAUUUUGUGAUGAAGUGAUGCCAGAGGUAUAUUCAUAGCUCGCCGCAUCAAUGCACACAACUUGCCUCUUAAGCGUUUACUUUAUUUCAUAAAGUGUCCUGGCAUUGUAUGCUAGGAGCUGAGCAUGGGCAGAUUUGCAUCAAGGUGUCCCGAGCUCAAUCCGCUAGCUUGAAGAAUUCCUUAAGAGACUUUAAACUAAAACAUUGAAAUUACAGCAAUGGAGAGACUUGUGCCGGUUCUUUUCGUCUUAGGUUCUUUAUUGUUACUUCUGGGUGCAUCUGAAGAGCCCACCAGAGGAUUGUUUACAGCCAGUCCAGUCAGCACACAAUGGAUGUCUCCCCAACUAGAGCCCCUGGACUCUUCAGAGCAGGCCGAGCUUGCACCUCCUGAGCCGGCUGGCCCUGGCAUUCCUGAUUUCCUGACUGCCUCCCAGGAGUCGGGCUUCUCCAGCGACGAGAACGAGGGGAUACAGUUGAACUACUUCUCAGACGAUCUGAACGACAUCGUCUUGGAUACAGGGUCUCCAGAAGUAGGUUACCAUCCUGCUUCUUUACAACCGUCAUCUUCACCAGACAGGACAGCAAGCGAUGGGGAUUCCUCUCUCUCUCUCUCCUCAUCUGAGCCCCUCAAACCAAGACUGACCAACACCCCCAUCCCAGAGCUGUGGGAAGAGCAAGGAGAAACAGCUUCAACAAACCAGUCGGAACCUGUGCAUUCUAGUUUGCCCAUGGCACCAAGCUCUUCCCCCAAGUCGACUGAUCAAAGAGACACACACCUGGUUGCAGUGACAGAGGAAGACUGGCACGCCACAUUGCUUGCUGAAAUGACAACAUUCCCAGAUGCUGAAGGAUCAAGUUAUGGGCCUUUCAAAGAGCCAGGUUUGUUGUCUUUAUCGACAGCUGAGUCGGAUACUAACACCUCUCCCGAAAGACCUUCCAUGGAUUAUUCAGCAGUCAAUGAAAGUGACAUACUGCUAGACACAGUUCCCAUGGUAACCACUGUGCACAGGAUAACUGACAGCAAGACCCAUGAAAGUGGUCCUAGCACCACAGUUAUUCACUCUGUUUCUUCCACUCUAAUUCCUUGGAAUGAACCAGCGGGUUUGACGGAAAGCACAGAGCCAUAUUUCAGACAGGAAGUCACCACGGAGACUGGCAGUGUGAAAACAGAAUCGCCUCAGGGGUCUCCACAGGUUGUUUGCACUGACUGGAGUGAUCUAACUGGGAAAGGUUAUGUUAUUCUCAACAUGACUGAAAAUAAUGACUGCGAGCUCUUCCGAGUGGAGAACGGGGACAGGCUCCUGGCCAUGCUGGAAAAGGCUUUCUCCAGGAAGAUAGACAACCCCCAGGGAACCUGGUUCAUUUCUCUAAGCAAGCCCAACAGACAGGACAAGCAGUUGCUGAUGACACUGGCUGGUGAACAAGGGGUGAUACCCACGAAAGACGUACUCUCCAUGCUUGGAGAAAUCAGGAAAAGCUUAUAUGACAUAGGAAUCCAGAACUACACCAGCGCUACCAGUUGCCAGUCUCGCCCCACUCAGUCUCGCAGUGACUAUGGGAAGCUCUUUGUUGUACUGGUCAUCAUCGGCUCCAUCUGUGUGGUCAUCAUAGUGUCCGGCCUCAUCUAUAUCUGUUGGCAAAGACAUCUUCCAAAGCUGAAGAACAUGUCACACGGUGAGGAACUUCAUUUUGUGGAGAAUGGUUGCCACGACAACCCGACACUGGAUGUCACCAUCGACAGCCAAUCAGAGAUGCAAGAGAAGAAGCCCAAUGUGAAUGGGUUUGUCAUGGACGGGGUGGACAACUGGCACAUCUUAAUUAACAAGACCGCAAAAGAGGAAGGGGACAAUUAUGAAGAAGACACACAUCUUUAACAAAAAAAAAAAAAACAGACUGUGGCAACAUGUGUCAGGUGACUUGUGCCAUUUUGAGAAAUACCUGCUAAUUCAGCUGUGAGCUUACUGUUUAAGCUUAUGUCAACAAAAAUAAUCAUAACAGCACCAUUAGAAUAAAGCCUUGGGGAUUUACAGUUUUAAAGAAGGUUUCUGAACGUUCACAUGGAAGAUUGUCACUGUUUCUGAUAGACAUGUUUUUACCAAAGUAGAGAACAAUCCAAACAGUCUAAGAAAGAAAACAGAAAAGCGUUUUGGAAAAUGUAUUUCACUGUUAAUCUUUUAUUUCAUCUCACAAUGUGGUGUUUCAUAAAUAUGAUAGAUUUAAGAUUGAUAAACUGUUCAACAGUUUUACUGCAUCACUUGAAAAUGAAAUUCUCUCUGUGUAUAGAGAUGAAGACCACAGGUAUUGACAUAGCGAAUGGCUUAACCCUCACAUGUAGAAUACAUACAACCACAAAUGACUGUGAAAUAGUGGAGUUUUUGGUCACAUCAAAGAAUGGUUCUGAGGACAGACCAAAAACAAGCUAAACUAUCACUGUGGUUUCUGACCCAUGUUGGUGAGAUGAGAUGAGGUUAAAAGCGCUAUCACAAUGAAUGUCAAAUGAUGUUUGCCAGAGUCUCUUUUGCAUAGUGGUUAAGACGCUUGCUUGCAGUGCACGUGGUAGCUGGUACACGCCCAGCCUCCGCCCCUGUUACAUCAUUUUAAAAAGUAUAAAUAAUGUUGAACAGGUAACAAGACUUCAGUAUAUUUUUUUUAUUUUCCAUAAUAGAAGUACGUGACAUGACAGAAACGCAAAAAAAAUUCUGGUUAAAUUAUCUCAGUCUCAAUACUGUCGCCAUACAACUUGUAAACCUGCACUGUGCUUUAGUAAUGUAUUUAGUGAUGUUUAAAAGAGGGUCAAUAAAUUACCCUUGGAUGAAAACUCUAGCUUGAUUAACAUAGGGAUAAAGCAGAUGGCUGGCACUGUGUUAUAUUGACUUGGCUGAAUAGGAAACAUGUAAGGGGCCAUUCAGACUUUACUAUCGGAGCAAGGUGGCAGUUGCUGUGUUCUAAUAAUUAUAAACAGACAUUGACAGAGCAUUGAGUCUGUGGUAAUGGACCUCAUGGUAUGUAGUUCACAAUCAACUCACUUAAUAUAUUUUCAGAUCUAUUGGUUUUUGAUUAGUCUGUGUUAAGGUGCUUUCAUCUGAGUUCAGGGGCUAGUCUUCAGUUCCUUUUGCCUGCCAUAGACAUAUGUAGGCGAGACAAGCCAGCCUGUUUUUAAAUUAGUAAGUUCCAACACCUCUAGUGCAAAGCUGCCUAGUGCUGGAAUUACAACAGGGUGCUUGUAUCCAAAUUAGCUCUUCACUAAAUGGCGCUGGCUCUUCUAUAAAAACACUUUGGUUGAUCUAGUCCAGUGGUUCCCAACUUGUGGUCCAUGAGAGAACUCUGGGCGGUCCACAAACAACUCCCCAAAUUCGGUUAUGCAGUUCUUGCAAAAAAACUAUUUCUACAAAAAUACACACGUUGUGCAGCUACAAUAUGUAUUACUAAGCAACACAACAAACCGCUUUAACCACAUUAUAUAUAAUCGUAAGAUAUGUAGGUAGUCCGUAUUUUCCCCCUUUAUCUGUUUUCUUUUAUUACGGGUGUUUAUAAAUUCAUAUUAUUACAGCUCCCUUUGGUGCAAUACCAAGCAUCGCCUUGAAAGCUGCCUUUAACUGAAACAGCUUUCUAGUGUGAAAUAAAUACUAACUAAAUAACUGUUACACAUUGUGAAGCCACCUUUCUCUUGCCAGACGUCUUUUUUUCUAACCAGCAUUAUUUAAAAAUCUACUAAAUGCACAUUUUCUAAUUUGUGAAGAUUUUACUGCUUGUUUUCACUGCUCAGGAAAAAAAAAAAAAACGUAGUCUGGUUGUCACAGCCUUUUCACUCGGCAUAAAAGUAACGCGCUGCAUUGAAUAUUCCUAACUUGUUUGGAAUGACUAAAUUAAAACAAAAAAAAAACAUUAAAACCACAGUUUUAGUACUUUUCAUUUUCAACAAUAUAAAUUGUGCUACAGUGUUGCCAGGGAUAGGACUAUCCCUAUUUCCAUACGUUUUGUAGAGCUGCAUAUAGUUGCUUAUAAUAAUAGAAGUUAAUGUGAAACAAAAAUGUGUUGCUUGACUUGUGAACUGUACUGUAGUGUGAAUGACCUAUUUCAGCUCCAUGUUAUUAUAUGGUUUUAUUCAGCCAGGUUUAAUAUCUCACAAUAUUUCUUAACACUACUGCUGGAAACACUCGCCAAUCAUUUCAUUUUUCAAAUUGCUUCCCACCCACCUCGUCUUCGUAUUCCGGUGUGUUUUUUAUAUGUACAUCAACCCAAGUUGGUGCACAAUAAAUUGCGUUAGAAAGGCUGCGAGGACCAGCACUGGUAUUUACAUUUCUGGAAUCAAGGACGACCCAAGCCCCAGUGCAUUAUUUGUCAGGAGGUUUUGUCAGUUCUGUUGUCAAUUCAAUGCUUGUCUCCUGUCUAUUCCUUAAGGAUAUUAUCUUCAUGUAUUGCUCAUCCUUGUUAGACAGCUUUUUGGGUCUUCCAGUCCUGGGUUUGUCAAUUACAGAUGAUGUUUCUCUGUAUUUGUUGAUUAUGCUUCGGAUACCACACCUUGAAAAUCGAGUGAUGCGAGUUACUUCACUCAAUGUUUUUCCUUCUUUAUGCAAGUCAAGGUUGUUAUAAUAGUAGAAAACACUAGUGGAAGCUUAUAUAUAUAUAUAUAUAUAUAUAUAUAUAUAUAUAUAUAUAUAUAUAUAUAUAUAUAUAUAUAUAUAUAUAUAUAUAUAUAUAUAUAUAAUUUUGCAAAUUAAAAACAAAGUAGCACAUUUCAUUCUUUACUUUUAGUUAAAAAAAAAAACAUCUCCUUCUUUAGACAAACCAGUUGAGGUUUAAGACAAGUAUAAAAUAACAUAAAUGGUGGUGCAUUCAAACUGCAGUUGUUAUACAUCAUUAAAAUAGGGUUACAAUAUAGUUAUGGAAUGUAUCACAUUAGGGAUUAGAAAUCCACAAUGAAGAAGGUAUUAAAUUGUUUACAGAAUCACUACAGCUGAUUUAAUAUGUACUGCAGAACAAAAAAAAAUGUUUAUGGCACUAGCAUGACAACUCAGAGCUAAUAUCUGCAUGAGGCCUCAUCACCAGAAAUGCAAAGCAAUACUUCACAGAAAACCAUGGAGAAAGCAUGGAAUACAUGCACCUGUAAAUACAGCUAAAUAAACCUUCUGUGUAAAAUGAUCAUUUACCUUAAUCGCAUACGUUUUCAAUAAAAGCUUACACUUCUGUGACUUUUAUAAGAUGCUCAUAUUUAUUUCAGAUUUUACAUUCAUUUUCAAAUAAAUGAUGACGUGGUCCUCUGUGAAAUGUUACAGUUCCUGUUAAACGUUUAGUCAACACUGUAAAGUGUGUUCAGUGCCAGCUCUUUAUAUAGACAAGCUUGAAGCCAGAUAAGGACAGAUUUGGAGAAAUUUGAUAAUACUUGAGCAACAGAACCCAGAACAACAAACUCCAUAUGAUGGUAAGAUAAGUAUAAAAAUGAAAUGAAAUGACUUAUGAAUCUCACUCUUUAAACUGUUACAGCCUAACUUGCAUCCCAUGCUUUCACAUGAUUUCCUGGAAAAAAGGUCAAGGGGGCAGUAAAAAAAAAAAAAGAAAAAGAAAGAAAAUGUGAUCUGAAGCUACUUCCCCUUUGACUUAAUAUUCUGAGAGAUUCCUUUCCCCUACUUCAUUGUGUUGUUAUCAGAAAAAUAAUAAUAAUAGUGCAACAGUUUUCAAAAAAGUGACACGGUUUGUCAAAUCGGACACAGUACUUGACUAGUAACCCAGUGCUUUGAAAUGUAUCUGUAAAAAUAUUUUCUGCUGGUCACUGGGGAUUGCAUUUCUCUAACACGUUUAGAUUAGCCUGUUUUGUAUUGUCUAAUGACGUUCACCAGAAAGCAAGAAGUCUUGGUGACAGUCCCUGAACUGUGUGAUGAGGUAACUUGACGUAAUCCUGCUUUGGACAAUAUAUCUAUGCUUUUUUCAGUG